AACUAUAGUUGUAUUUGAACAUUAUAGCUUGAAAGUCGUUUCAUGUAGAGUUGAUUUGAAAAAUAAAAAAGAAUAUUAAGUCAUGUUAAUAUUAAAACUUACGCUUUCAUUAAUUCACAUUUCAUUGGCAUUCGCUCAGAUAUGCACUAAACAAGUACGGCGAUCCGCUGUAGUGGUAGCCACAUUGAACGGCAAACAAGUAACACAGAUGCGUUAUAUACCGAAAACUGUAAAAUUUUGCUGUCCGGGUUACAAGAAUUUCAACAAAAUGUGCAUUCCGCAUUGUGAGAAAGUUUGUGUGAACGCCAAAUGUGUAAAACCCAACCAAUGCGAAUGUUUUCCUGGCUACAAAGUAUUCAGUGAAGUACAAAAGUACCGUUGCGUUCCCGAAUGUGGCAUAUGUGAGCAUGGCUUCUGCAGUGCUCCAAGGAAAUGUACUUGUUUCUCAAACUAUGAAUUGCGCGCUGGCAUAUGUCAACCUAUUUGCAAUAACUGUGAAAAUGGUUCUUGUAAAACGCCCGGAAAAUGUGAAUGCAAUGUGGGCUACGAAAUGUCAAUUGAAAACAAAUGUGAACCUCACUGUAAUAACCAAUGCUUAAACGGUCAUUGUGUAGCUCCGGAAAUCUGUGAAUGUGACAAAGGGUACGAGUUAACCAAAAAUUCCAAAUGUGUGCCAGUAUGCGAAAAUCGUUGUUUGAACGGCAACUGUGUGGCUCCUGACGUAUGCGAAUGUAAGAAGGGUUAUAAAAUGUCAUCUGAAAAUGUGUGCGAACCUGUAUGUGAAAGCGGUUGUCCCUACGGCCUAUGCAUAGGACCCAAUAAUUGCACUUGCCAAGCCGGCUAUGAAAAGGUUUCCGCUUCAACCUGCGAACCAAUUUGUAGUCCACCUUGCGAGAAUGGUAAUUGUAUUGGACCAAAUGAAUGCGAAUGCAUCAGCGGCUACCGAAAAGAGAAAAAUAAUACUUGUGAGCCCUUUUGCAAAAAUAACUGCAUUAACGGCGUAUGUAUUGCCCCUGAAACAUGUCAAUGUUCUCAAGGUUUCAAAGAAGUAAAUCCUUACGCAUGCGAAGCUGUCUGCACAGGGGGAUGUCCGAAUGGCGUUUGCACAGCGCCGAAUACUUGUGAAUGUUUGCCAGACUAUAAAUUUUCUACGGAAAAUAUUUGUGUUCCCAUUUGUCCAGAAGAUUGCCUUAAUGGAUACUGCGGGGCGUCGGGAGUGUGUGAAUGCAAUUCUGGUUAUGUGCUUGCGUUACCUAACACUUGUGAGCCCUUUUGUGAAAGCGGUUGCCCAAAUGGUAAAUGCGUUGCACCGAACAUGUGUGAAUGUCUACAAGGAUACAAUAUGGACAGCAAUUUCUGUCAGCCUGUAUGUCAAAAUGAUUGUACUAAUGGUUUAUGUGUCGCCCCAGACACUUGUGAAUGUGAUGCUGGUUACACUAGGUCUACUGAAAGUGUUUGUGAACCAAUUUGUAAAGAAAUCUGUCAAAAUGGUCGUUGCAUUGCGCCAGAUUUCUGCGAAUGUGACAUGGGCUAUCGUCUAAUAUCUCCUAGCGUUUGCGAAGCUGUCUGCGACAACGGUUGCAAAAACGGCCAGUGCGUCUCUCCAGACAGCUGUGUAUGUGACGCCGGCUAUUCUCUGACAACAUCAGGGACAUGCGCACCCAUUUGCAUGGGGGACUGUUCCAAUGGCGAAUGCAUAGCACCCGGCGAAUGCAUUUGUAACAAAGGUUACACAGCGAAUAACAGUUGCAUAUUUAAUUGUAUCGGUAAUUUUUGCGAACUGGCCUGCCAUUGUCAGCCUGUUUGCGGAAAUGAUUGCCCGAAUGGUAAAUGUGUGGCACCUGAUACGUGCGAUUGCCUUUUGGGAUACUUUAAGUCUGCGUAUAACGUAUGUGAGCCGGUAUGUGACCAUGAAUGCUUAAAUGGAAAAUGUGUGGCGCCAAAUACCUGCGAAUGCAAUUUGGCUUAUUUUAAGACAUCCGCUUAUGUUUGCGAACCUGUUUGUCAAGAAGAUUGCAUUAACGGUGAAUGUGUUCUUCCUGAUACCUGCGAAUGCUACCUAGGUUAUGAACUAUCAGCAGCGAACAUAUGUGAACCCCUUUGCCGAGAUGGUUGUAUUCACGGCAAAUGCAUUGCUCCCGAUACUUGCGAAUGCAGCACUGGAUAUAAGAUCGCAGAGGAAUCCAAUAUAUGUGAACCCAUUUGUGAGAGGAAUUGCACGAAUGGUAAUUGCGCUGCUCCGAAUACCUGCGAAUGUUUUAUUGGUUACAGGAAGUCUUCCCAAUUUGCCUGUGAACCCGUAUGCUCGGAAACAUGUCUUAAUGGGCGUUGUGCAGCUCCAGAGAGAUGCGAAUGUAAUGAAGGUUUUCAACUAAACACUUUGAAUGCAUGUGAGCCAGUUUGCAUUACAGAAUGUCUGAAUAGUUUUUGCAUAGCUCCCGGAACCUGUGAGUGUUACAAAGGCUACUCAGAAGUCUCAUUGACUGAAUGUGCACCUAUUUGUCAACCUGAAUGCGAGAACGGGAAAUGCGUAGCUCCUAACAUUUGCGAAUGUUACGACGGUUUUUCUGAAAUUUCAAAUAACCAGUGCAAACCAUUUUGUCAGGAAGAGUGUUUGAACGGUAAAUGCGUCUCUCCUAAUAUAUGCGAAUGUUUUCAGGGCUUUGAGCUCAAGGAGAGCUUUAUUUGCCAGCCUAUCUGUGAGCCCGGGCUUACACUUAACAAUGACAUUCAAUGCAUUCCUGAGUGCAACGAAACCAAUUGUCAAAACGGUCGUUGCCUAAGCAACGGAGCAUGUCACUGUUUGGACGGUUACGCAAAGAAAUCAAACAGUUUUUGCGAACCUAUUUGCGAAGAAGGUUGCAAGGAUGGUCUUUGUGUGGGUCCGAACGAAUGCGAAUGUAAUGAAGGGUAUCGAAAAAAUUCGAAUAACAAACAAAGAUGUGACCCCAUUUGCGACAGCGGUUGCGAACAAGGCGUUUGCUUUCGACCUGGCUUAUGUAAAUGCAAUUCAGGCUAUCAGCUACACGAUGAUGUAUGUAAGCCUAUUUGUACAAAUGAUUGCAAACACGGGAUAUGCAUUGCCCCCGAAGUAUGCCAAUGUUUAGAGGGUUUUUUGAAAUCAGAGGAAGGAAUUUGCGAACAGCCGUGCCGCGCGGAUUGUCAAAAUGGCUUUUGCAAAGGAGCAGAACUCUGCGAUUGUUUACCAGGCUACAUAAUGUUGGAAACUGUGGGAAAUUGUGUAGCUAGCUGCGUGCCAGAAUGUAUUAAUGGUGUGUGCACUGAACCAAAUAAAUGCCAAUGUUUACAAGGCUACACUCCCGCCAACAACGAUUCCAAUCUAUGUGUAGAUGAAACGAUUACUACUACAUUGCUGGCGGAGAACUCUACGCCUCGACAGAAUUUUUUUGAAUUUGAGUGCUUCCGCACAUGUGUGAACGGCACUUGCGCUUCCGGCGUUUGUGAAUGUGCACAAGGUUUUAAGCUCUAUGAGGACGACACUUGGUUAUAUUGUUUGCCUAUUUGCAAUUAUCCUUUAGGCUGCAAAAACGGAUAUUGCUUUAGUCCUGAAAACUGUCAAUGUUUCGACGGUUAUUCUUUUCAUCCUGAUCAGCCUUACGAAUGUGUUAUUAGCUUCAACGAUACCCACAACGAACUCUUCGUUUCGCGUUUUAAGUUACUUUGGACGUUUGCUCUAAUUUCUCUACUCUUAGCCGUUAUUGUAUUGCUUGUCAUGUUUUAUUAUAUUCGUAGAGUCUCUUACAAUGUUGAUAAGAAAGAGAAUGAAUUCGGUCUGGUGAAGUUAUCGCAGAAUGCUGAUAUAAUAAGAUCCCCCAAUAACGUAUAGUUGUUUAGCAAGGAUUUUUUUUCUUUAACUCUUUGUGCUGUGCUGUUGUUUCGAAAAACGGAUAUUUAUUACAUAGAAGCAAAAUUAAUCGAUAUAAAUGCAUCCUUCUAGUUAAUAUAUGUAUGUUUAUAUGUAUAUAUGUAUUCAAUACACCAUAAUGUGACUACGGUCCAAAAAAUGUUCGCUGUAGUACUCAGGAGUACCUGAAACAAAAAGGUGAAUAUUAGUUUUAAGACAAUAUUUAAAAAACACUUGAAGAAUUGACUUAAAAGACUUAACGCAACUUUUUCGAUAAGAAAUUUUUAAACGCAAUACGCUUUGAAGUAAAGAUGUUUUUAAGGAACAUGAAUGGCGUUGCAACGUACAUAAUAUAUUUAUUCACUUAUGUAUCUGUUCAUUAUUAUAACGAUUUUGAUUAACGAGUCGAAACCUACUUCAGCUAAAUGAGUUCCAUUCUCAAAACGUAUAUAGAUCGCAUCAGCUUAACUUUAAGAAUUAAAUAUAUGGACUAAAAUUCACAAUUUUGUAUCCAUUCUGUUCAACUACAUGGUUCUAUUAUCUGGCCUUACAACUUAUGAAAAUUCUUAGGGCAGGCUUCAAGAUAAGCUAAACAUUAGUCGCAAUAUUUUUUUUUUUUUAAUUUUAAAAAGCGCGAACCUUGCAGUGGUGGUUUGUAACCAGCCAUUUCAUGAAAAUACGAUUUGAAACUAAUGUGACAAAGGCUUGCACUACUGCUUACCGCUCUUCGUAAAAAAAUUUAGCAGUGAGUAGAAAAGUCUUAACGGCUAAAUUUAAUAUACUGAAUAUAUUGUUUGCAUCUUACCAAGAGACGCCGAACAUAUGCAAGUACCAGCCUAAUUAUAAUUUCAUUGCAAAACUGAUGUGUUUACAUUUAUUAAAACCGUUAUGAUUUCUUUAAAAGUUUAUAGUUUUAUUUGUAUGUGUCAUAGGACGGAUGUUCAAGGUUCUCACUCAUUUUUUUGCUUGCAUCUUUUGGAAGUCGUUAAAUGAAAGGAUAUAUUUAUUCAUUCUCAUCCCAAGUUUAGUUUUUUAAUACAUCUGUUACAGUUAGUGUAUAGGCAGCCUUGGAAAAUAGUUUUUGUUAUCGAAUGUAGCAAAAUCGCACAGUUUCUUAUUAAAAUAAUAUAACUACGGAUGUGCCUUGAAUACUUUCGAUAAUCGUAAUAUUUUAAAAGUUUCAACGGCGGUGAAGCUUGCUUUGACUUCCUUAUAAUGGCGAAGCUCUGCUGUUUUAUUUUUGGCAGUGUUAUUUUUUUUAAAAUGUUAAUGUCCUUUUUUGUACUCAUUUACCAUCUCAUUUACUAUGUCGCGAAUCCACAGGUCAUCAUUGUUGGGAUAUUUCCACGAAAUUUGUUAGAUUGACGUAUUGUGGCCGGAGGACAAAUCCUAUUGAAAUUAGACGACAUCGUGGCAUUUAAAAAUAACCGUUAUAUGCGAAAAAUCAAGAAUUUUCAAAACUCUUCAACAAAAAUCCCUAAAUAGUUAAUUAAUUAAACCGAACUGUAAAAUUUGGAUUGGAUGUUCGUUCAUUGAACUUACUCCCAUACAUCUGUUCCAAAGGCUUUUUUAUGGGAACAAAGUUUUCUUUUUAAUAUUUUAUAUUGAAAGAUCAUUCAAUGUAAUGAACGUAAGCCUGUAAUCGCCAAAAAAUUGAUUUUUUGGUGCUUUAUGACAAAAAUAAGGAAAAAGGCUUCGACAGUUUGUACAAACAACAGACCCACAACAUGUUGGACAAACAAGCUCAAGUUGAUUCAGAAAGCCACGCUGAAUCGAUUGGUAUAAUGAAUGACGAGUCUCUCUGACAUUCUUCUAGAAGUCGCAUACAACCCCAAAGUUAAAAGCCGCGCAAGGCGUAACGAAAUAAGAAAGUAUAGAGUACAUAUAAGAAUAUCUCAGAAAUGGUAUUCAUUGUUAAUUAUAUUUUAAAAAACCAUUAACAGUGCUCUUAGUGAGUUUGUAAGCAUUUAGAGACCGCCCUUACGUAAUAGAAUGUUUCGAUUUGAAAGGUGCCUGCCCAAUAUAAAGGCGAAGUUACGUUCCUAUCUGAGAUACUGAAAGAAUUUAAACAAGUCCGCAUGAUCCCUUAAAACACCGUAGUGGACAGCCAGAUGAAAUAGAGGCUGAAAAUGUAUGAUCUAGCAGACAUAAUAGAUAUUUGAAAUAGUUCUGCGCAUUUCAUAUUAACCGAAGAUUUGAACAUAAAAAGUCUAUAGGCAGCAUGGACACUCCUUUUGCUCAUAAUGCACCAAAAACACUGUUGGCAGGAUGUUUUAAUCGAUUGUUUGUGGUAAUGCAAAAAGAAGAAUAAAGAUCGGUUUCAAAGAAAGUGAAAACAGUUCUAUUUGUUGACAGGCUCAUUAAGGCAGUUUUUGGAAUGCGCCUACUAAAACGUUAAUAUUCUAACUUUAGGACCGACGGACGAAUAGCGUUGCAUCAAUUCAGGAAAAUAAUUUUGGUUUAGCGAAUAUAAUAAAAGAUGGCUCGGUCUUAACAUCCACAAAAACUUAAUAUAUCCUUAUCACAUGUGGUUUUGAAUAUAACAAAAAACAAAAACACUGUGAAGGCAAGAAGAUCAAGUGCGCGACUAUAACGUUGUAACCUGUGUUCGUCCAUAAGAUUGCUGAAAUAAGUGCCUAAAGGGUUAUUACUCCAACUGACUAAGGUAGCAGACGGGAGAUAUUUGUUGACUAUAAUAAGCGGAUGACCAAAUUACUUAAUUACGUGUUAUGUCCACAUAAAUCAAUCCAUAAGUAUUUAGCGUAUAAUAUGUAUACUUAUACGCGUUAUAUUUAUAUACGUAUACAUAUACUA